GGGUGAUGGACCUUCGUUCGGCGGACAUGUGAGGAGGGUUGUACGUGUGUUGCCGAACCGCGCGAUUGUUUCUUUUUUCUUCCGUCGGUUUUCGAACUUAAAGUAACGUCAUGGACGACGAAGAGGAAACGUACAGGUUGUGGAAAAUCAGGAAAACAAUAAUGCAGCUGUGUCAUGACCGGGGAUACCUGGUCACCCAAGAUGAGUUGGACCAAACCCUGGACGAGUUCAAGAGCCAGUUUGGAGACAAGCCCAGCGAGGGUCGGCCGCGGCGCACAGACCUCACCGUGCUGGUGGCCCACAACGAUGACCCCACUGACCAGAUGUUCGUGUUCUUCCCAGAGGAGCCCAAGGUUGGCAUCAAGACCAUCAAGAUGUAUUGCCAGCGAAUGCAAGAGGAGAACAUCACACGGGCAAUCAUAGUGGUGCAGAUGGGCAUGACCCCCUCCGCUAAGCAGUCUUUAGUAGACAUGGCUCCCAAGUACAUCCUUGAGCAGUUCUUGCAACAGGAGCUCCUAAUCAACAUCACCGAGCAUGAGCUCGUUCCCGAACACAUCGUGAUGACCAAAGAGGAGGUGACGGAGCUGCUGGCGCGAUAUAAACUCAAGGAGAGCCAACUCCCAAGGAUUCAAGCCGGAGAUCCGGUUGCUCGAUACUUUGGCCUGAAGAGAGGACAGGUAGUGAAGAUCAUCAGGCCCAGUGAAACCGCCGGACGAUACAUUACCUACAGACUGGUGCAGUAAGAAGUGGAAAAACUUGAAUAGUUUCCCAUGUUUUUAUUUUGAAGACAUCACUGAGUUAUUUCAGGAGUUUUUCUUAGCAGGCAGUUUGUCUGUGCAGGACAGUUAUUACUUAGGAGGCAAACUAUGGAAACUACGCCUUAAAAUUGUUCCUUUUUUUGUUAUUUUAAAUAAGCCUUCUGUUAACAUGGAAAGAUGCAUUAAAUUACAGUUCAGCAAAGUACUAGGAGAUAAAACAUUACUGCUCAGAAAUUCGAGUUUCACAAGAAAGUGUCUUGCUAAUGAUACCGUUUCAGAAUUUCACUAAUGUUCUGAAGUCACAUUAUGAUUGAAUAAAUGGCAUAGUCUGUAAAAUAUACACUUACCUUAGUUUUCCUGAUGCGUGCCAUGUGGUUUAGGUGGUGUGAGUGACAGUUGGCACACCUUUAUAUUUUCAUAUGUAAAUAAUGUGCAUAAUGGUACAAUAAGACUUUGCAUAGUGUAAUUCCUGGACACAAGGAAAGAUGUAAUGUUGACGUAAAAUAAACUUUUGUAGUGAUCCCCGAGAUGUACGUUGCUGUGGAGA